AUGACUACAGCUCCCAAGCUCACCAAGAAGCAGAAGAAGUCGCUCGCAUUUCGAGAGCGCAGCAAGCACGGGAAAAGUAAACAUGGAAUCGACAGCGAAAUGGUUAAUGACAUUCCUAUCCAGGAGAACCAGGAUGAGGCUGCAAUUGAGCUGGGUGAAGUGGAGGCUGCGGAUGUUCGGCGGAAGGAUGAAAGCACGGCUCGGCCUCGCGAGGGCGUCCGCAAGGCAAAGGCAGCAAAGGAUGAUUCUACGGUCAAGGGCGAAGUGGAGGCUCAGAGCCCGAAAAAGAGGAAACGUAGCACGGAGGAGAGCGAGGUGGCGGUGGAAGGUCAGGUCCCUCGAAAGCGAGCCAAAAAGCCUGCUCGCGAGGCUGAGGGCGGGUCUGAGGCCACCGAGGCUGAGAAGACGGACAAAUCAUCUAUAAAGCAGAGAUUUAUCCUUUUUGUCGGAAACUUGAAAUACACUACAUCUCUGGAGGCCAUACAAAAGCACUUCGCAGCAUGUGAACCUCCGCCGUCAGUGAGACUGUUGACACCCAAACCAUCGAAGAACGCCAACGCUUCACAUAAAUCCAAAGGAUGUGCCUUCCUUGAAUUCUCACAGAAAAGCGGGCUGCAACAGGCCCUCAAACUGCAUCAAUCCGAUUUAGACGGUCGGCGGAUAAAUGUUGAGCUAACAGCUGGCGGAGGUGGGAAGAGUGAGCAACGUCUGACGAAGUUGCGGACACGAAACAAAGAGCUCUCUCAGCAACGGCAGAAACACGGAGAGAAGGGAAGCAAGGGAAGCGGUAAUGUCGAGACGACCGUCCAUCUGAAUCCACAAAGAUACUCCUCUACAUCUGGUACGGAACAGAAGCCUGUGACGAAGCAUACUUGGACGGUGGGCGAUACCGUGGAGGAUGAGGUUCAUCGUGGAGGGGCGAAACACUCGAAGCAACGGAAAACGAAGUCGAGGAGCAUGGGUACCGGUGUCAACGCCAUACCCGUUGGUUGA